AUAACUCACAUUUUUUUUCAGCUAAAAACCCUACCGUCGUCCUUCAACCCUGUAACGGCCGAAAACCCCCUUCUCUUUUCCAUGGUUUCUCGAUAUCGAGGUCAGAAAAUUCCAUGAGCAUCAUCUCUACUGUUUCGCUUUGAAGUCGGAUUGAUCCAAUCAUACCUUCGUCCAGCAAUGGCCGCCCUAUCGAGAGGCCUCAUUUCUUAUCUCCGUAAUUUAUCAGUAAAUCCUCAGCGAACCCUUGCAACGCCCAUAACCAAUCAGUUUUUGAGAAGCUUCAGCUCUGAUGUAUUGGUUAAUGAAGGAGAAAGUUAUAGUAGCAACCGAAUCAUUGAAGCUAAGUCGAGAGUAAUGACGGCCAAUUCGAAAAGGACUGGAGUUAUCGCUGUGAAAUGUGGAAUGACGGCUCUUUGGGACAAAUGGGGAGCUAGGGUUCCGAUUACAGUUCUUUGGUUGGAUGAAAACAUCGUCUCUCAAGUUAAGACACCCGAGAAAGAAGGCAUCACUGCUCUACAGAUUGGUUGCGGGCAUAAAAAGGAGAAACAUUUAACAAAACCAGAAGUGGGACACUUUAGAGCACAAGGCGUUCCUUUGAAAAGAAAGCUGAGAGAGUUUCCUGUUACUGAAGAUGCUUUGCUUCCUAUUGGGACUCAAAUUGGAGUUCGCCAUUUUGUCCCUGGUCAGUAUGUUGAUGUCACUGGAAUCACCAAAGGAAAAGGUUUUCAGGGUGCGAUGAAAAGAUGGGGUUUCAAAGGAGGGCCUGCAUCUCAUGGAGCUUCAUUGUCACAUCGAAGCCCUGGUUCUACAGGUCAGAGGGAUGCCCCUGGUAAGGUUUUUAAGGGUAAAAAGAUGCCUGGGCGAAUGGGUGGGAAACAGAGAACAGUGAAAAAUGUGUGGGUGUAUAAGAUAGAUCCUGCAAGGAACUUGAUGUGGGUCAGAGGCCAAGUGCCAGGGAACGAGGGUAAUUUUGUAUUUAUAAAAGAUGCAUGGUACAAGAAACCGGAUGUAUCAUCGCUUCCAUUUCCAACUUAUUUCUCAACAGAAGAUGAGGAUGUGACAUGUUUGGAACCGAUUGUUGCUGAUCUUGGUGAUACAGAUCCAUUUAUGGCUGCAGAUUGAGACAGAUUUUUUUUUUUUUUUUAAUUAUUCCAUCUUUUAUUACUUGAAUGGAAAAUGUAUGCGACGUGAAUCUUUUUACAAAUAAGAUGACAUGAAUUUUUCUA